GUGGGUGGAAGGUGAUCUAUGAGGACGUUGGGGGGGUUCCUGCCACAUACCCAGGGAGUGUCAGGCAGUUGGACCGGAAAGAGCCCUCCUUCCUCUCCUGCCCUCCUGGCUGCAGGCCCCCAGUGUCUGAGCUGCCCACCUGGGGGCAGAGGCGCGGCUGGCCCACAGUUCACUGCUUGCCAGGGGCCAAGAGCUGCUCUGACCGCCCAAGGAUUCUCCCUCCCAACCCAAGCACCUUCAACUGACCUCUGACUCCUGGCCUCUGGCCCCAGCUACCUGCCCUUCCUAAGGGGCUGGGAAGGCCAGAGAAGCUCCUCUGUAGAUGUGGGUGUUGACACCUGGCUCACCUCCAGAGCAAAGGCUCAGUUCUCAGUCCGCAGCCUGGUCCACCAUGGCACGGAGGCUCCAGGAUGAGCUGGCUGCUUUCUUCUUCGAGUAUGACACUCCCCGAAUGGUGCUCGUGCGCAACAAGAAGGUGGGCGUCGUCUUCCGCCUGAUCCAGCUCGUGGUUCUGGUUUACGUCAUUGGGUGGGUGUUUGUCUAUGAAAAGGGCUACCAGACCUCGAGCGGCCUCAUCAGCAGCGUGUCUGUGAAACUCAAGGGUCUGGCCGUGACGCAGCUCCCAGGCCUGGGCCCCCAGGUCUGGGACGUGGCUGACUAUGUCUUCCCAGCCCAGGGGGACAGCUCUUUCGUGGUCAUGACCAAUUUCAUCGUGACCCCCCAGCAGACGCAAGGCUACUGUGCAGAGCACCCAGAAGGGGGCACAUGCAUGGAUGACAGUGGCUGCAGGCCAGGGAAGGCAGAAAGGAAGGCCCAAGGCAUCCGCACGGGCAAGUGUGUAGCCUUUAAUAACACUGUGCAGACAUGUGAGAUCUUUGGCUGGUGCCCUGUGGAAGUGGACGACAAUAUCCCGCGCCCUGCUCUUCUCCGAGAGGCCGAGAACUUCACUCUCUUCAUCAAGAACAGCAUCAGCUUUCCACGCUUCAAGGUCAACAGGCACAACCUGGUGGAGCAGGUGAAUGCUGCCUACAUGAAGACCUGCCUCUAUCACAAGAUCUUGCACCCACUGUGCCCUGUCUUCAAGCUUGGCUAUGUGAUACAGGAGUCAGGACAGAACUUUAGCACCCUAGCCGAGAAGGGCGGGGUGGUGGGCAUCACCAUCGACUGGAACUGUGACCUGGACUGGCACGUGCGACACUGCAAACCCAUCUACGAGUUCCAUGGGCUGUAUGAGGAGAAAAAUCUGUCUCCAGGCUUCAACUUCAGGUUUGCCAGGUACUUUGUGGAGAAUGGGACCAACUACCGGCACCUCUUCAAGGUGUUUGGGAUUCGCUUUGACAUCCUUGUGAACGGGAAGGCUGGCAAGUUUGACAUCAUCCCCACAAUGACUACCAUUGGCUCUGGGAUUGGGAUCUUCGGGGUGGCCACGGUUCUCUGUGACCUGCUGCUGCUCCACAUCCUGCCCAAGAGGCACUACUACAAGCAAAAGAAGUUCAAAUAUGCAGAGGACAUGGGGCCGGGGGCGGGUGAGCAUGACCCCGCGGCUACCAGCUCCACCCUGGGCCUGCAGGAAAAUAUGAAGACCUCCUGACCCCCAACCCCAGGCCCCUGACCAUGCACUGUGAGGCUUAAGGCGGGGGCCCUGAUGGGGUCCCAGCCGAGGGAGAGGGGUCUUCCCAGGAGCUCUUCUGCCCUCCCAGCCAAGCAGACACCAGGCUGCCAGCAGCUCAGAGUGGACACUGGGAGAGACCUGCACAAUUCUGGGCUCUGGCUCUGCACCUCCCAAGGGAGCCUCACCUGGGCUCAGCCAUGUCUGCUCCACGGGGGCUGGGCGGGGCUCCUCACACUACUGUACCGGAGCUGUGUGCUUCUGAGCCCACUUCCAUCCCAUCGCCUCAGUGUCCUUCCACCUGUGCUCUCUAAUCUGGCAGCCACUAGCUACAGGUGACUGCUUACAUUUCAAUUAAUUUAAACAAUACAAACUUCAGUUCCUCAAACUAGCCACAUUACAACUGCUAAGUAGACACACGUGGCUAGUGGCUGCCAUAUCGGACCCCACGAAACAUUUUCAGUGUUAUAGAAAGUUCUGUUGGGCAGCUCUACUUGAGCGCUGUUUUCUUACUUGCCCCAGACUUCCCUGGGGAGCUCAUCAACAGUGCAGGCACCUGGGCCCACCCCAGACCUCCGGACCCAGAAUCUCCAGGGCUGGCCACAUGAUCUGCAGGGAUAGCAAACUCCACAGGCCAUUUUAAGGACCUAAGUUUAAGACCUGUUUCUGACGUGGUACCAGACUUAGCCUGGCCCUGCAUGACCUGGCAGGUGUGGACAUUGAGCAGGUGUGUGGUGAGGUCACAGGCCACAGGAGUCUCAUGCACACCCCCCACCCACCAUGUGCACACUUGCCUGCAUGCACACCCUCCUCCCAUCCACACUGUAUGUGAACAGCUUGCAUCCUGCAGGCACAACCAUUUGAACACACCUCCGCCCCUAAACACAGAAACACGGUCCAUGCCACCUCACUUCCAUGGGGAUUUGCUUCUCCAUAAGUGUGUCAGGCAAGGGCAGUCCCUUCUAGCCAAGAAUAUUCAGCUACCUCUGGUUGAGUGGGAGCCUCAGCCUGAUCCUGGGCUCCGUGCCUGUGGCCCAGCCCCAGCUCCCAAGGCCUGCUCAGCUCUGUCUGAACACAAGGUCUGGGAGGGGUGGAGUACAAUAAAAGGAAUGAGGACAAACCUCUGUCUUCUGCAUU